UUGCGAGCGUAGUUUUUGUUUUCUAGCGGCUCGGAGCGUGAAAACGGUGAAAGGCGGACAAGUCCGGGAAAAUCCGAGCGGAGAGUAACCUAAGAAUUUUGUAGGUUGGAGCAGGAUAAGCCAUAGAUUCUUUUUUAAACAGCAGUAGGCACAAAGAAGUAGGAUGUUUUCGAGGCCUAAGCCUGGAGAGUCAGAGGCAGAUCUACUGAGGUUCCAGAAUCAGUUCCUGGAGACUAAAGCAUCCCCAGCAGUUAAAUUAGUAAAGAAAGCAGAUAAAAGAAGAGGAAAUGUGGAGAGAGGCAUUGAUGGCAGACUCCCAUUGCAGCUCAGCAAGGAUGUGGUGACCUUGGAUGAUUUUCCAGAUGUUCCUCCACCUCUGACACCAGGUCCUCCAAAGAAAUCCAGAUUCAAAAGUGCCCGUGUUCAUUUUGAUGAGGAUCCAGGGGAGCAGAUGGAUCAUAAUGACCAACAUAUCACGGCAGUCUUAAGCAAAAUCAUUGAACAUGAUACGAGCACUGCCAAGGUGACCAUGCCAUUGUUCACAGGUGAUCCAUUUCCCCAAGUUUUUCAUAGAUCUGAAAUAAAAACUGAGGCAAAAUCAGGACCUGAAAAGAAAAGCAUCUUUGCCCAGAAGAUGGCUGCCAAGAAGGCAGCUGAAGGGGCUUGGACACCUUUUCUUGCUGCAGAGCAGUCAAAUGCAGGACAGGCCACUUCAGGUGAUGCUGUAGGUAGCAUACAAAGUCAGUUGCCUCGCAUUGUCACCGGUGAAGGUCUUGGAAGCCUGACUGGCGAGCAGGAAGCCCAGAAUAUCCACAAAGAAAAUUUGGAAAGGUUGCAAUCAAUGUCCAAAGAACAGAUCUUGGAGGAGCAGAAACAAUUGAUGGCUCAAUUGGAUCCCAAUUUACUUGUUUUCUUAAAGUCACGAUAUGGUACUUGCACAAUUAAAGAAGGAGAGAGGAAAAGUGAACGUGAGAGGCCAACAAGGCUUACAGAGCCACAAACAUUGUUUGUAUCCCAGCCUGAGGCAGCAGAAGCACUGACAGCUACAUUCCUACAGGAACCAAACAUGGAAGAGGAACCAGGCAUGGAGGACUCCCCAAGAUCUGAAGCCUCUAUGAGAACAGAUGCUGCAGAAGAUAAUGAUCUUCCUCUGAAGCCUCAAAAGGAAUGGGUCCACAUGAACAAUGUAGAGUUUGAGAAGCUGGAGUGGAUGAAGGACCUUCCUCUGCUGAGACAAAGAAAAACCAGAAAGGGGAUGCAAGCACGUUUUAGUCUGAAAGGAGAACUAAUUCCCCCAGACAAAGAAUUUCCCACACAUAUGGGCCUGCAUCACCAUGGAGAAGAAGCAGAGAGGGCUGGCUAUUCACUGCAAGAGCUCUUCCACUUAUCUCGUAGCCAAGUCAUUCAGCAAAGGACGCUGGCUUUACAGGUGCUGGGCCACGUUGUCCAGAAGGCCAAGGCAGGAGAGUUUGCCUCCUUGCUGAAAGGAAGUGUCCUGCAGGUAUUGCUUGAUGCUGGUUUCCUGUUUUUGCUCCGUUUCUCCUUGGAUGAUCCAGUGGAUAAUGUCAUGGCAGCCACUGUCCAUGCUCUCCAUGCGCUGCUUGUUUCUCUGGAUGAUGAGGAGUAUCUUGACAAGGCUUUCGCAUGGUACCAGGGCAUGACCGUGUACCCUUUAAUCCCAAACAGUGGGGAAGAAGAACUCGAAGAGGAAGAAGAAGGUGAUGAGCCAACUCCAAACCAAAAACCACCAGAGAGAAAAUCAAAGGAUGAAAACAAGCCAGAUACAGAAGUGGCACGAUACGAUGUUGUAAAGGGACUUCUAAAGACCAAGAUGCUUCAUCGCUUGAGAUACAUCCUGGAAGUAAUGCGACCUGUGCCAUUAGUAGUUCUGGAGAUUCUAGAUAUUCUCAUUCGUAUAGCAAGGCAUUCCACUGAAGCUUGUGUCCAGGUUCUUGAUUGUCCUCGCCUUGUAGAGACUAUUGUCAGAGAGUUUCUUCCCACCCAGUGGACUCCAAGAGCAGCUGAACCUGGGAAGUUGCUCGCAAGCCUACAUGGAGUACCAUGUCCCACUGCCAUGAAACUCAUUAGAGUUUUGGCAUGCGGAGGGCGAAACAUAGCUGCCAGGCUGCUAAACACAUUUGAAAUGAAGAGUCGGCUGAGCCGGUUUAUAGCUGAAGAUCCCAAAGACCUUUCUUUGAGGAUGGAGGAAGCCAUAAGUAUAACCACAGAGGCAUUCCGCUUGUGGGGCGUGGCCACUGGUUAUGGUCAAGCUUGUGAUCUCUAUCGAGAUCUCUAUCCUGUAUUAAUGAAGAUAGUUCCAUCCCUAUCCCAACUGACCAGCAGUUUUCAACAAAAUAAAACAGUGUUUGAACUUUCUGUCCAGCGAGCUGCAGCUGUUGUGACUUUGCUUACUCAAGUGACUCAGACAGCUAGCUGCAGAGCAGAACUGCAAGCCCAGCUUAGCAGGAGUGGCCCAGAAGGGGGUGAUCAAAUUCCCCCUCCACCCAUCACCUGGAGUCAGGUGGCAGGUUUCAGGCCUGUUAUUGAAACUAACAUGAAGAAUUGCCUUAGAGAGAUAACCCACAAGGAGACCUGGCAACCAUUGCUAUCUCUUACUACGGCCUAUGUCAUCUAUAUGGGAGUGUAUUACAGUAACUGUAGUCAACAGCCAGCAGUAAACCCUAUUGACUGCUUAGAGGAAGUAGAGCACCUGACAUCCAAAGUGCUGUUGCCUCUCCUCAGCCAGCCAGCCAUGCAGGCCCUUUGGGAAAUGCUCAGACCAUGCUCUGCUUUGUGCAACCCUCUAUCUUGUUCCCCAGGACCAGGAUCUGUUCCCAGCAUUGUUUCUCUGAACUACAGUGGAAACAAGACUUCAGCGAGUUUAGUAGGCUCUAAAUCACCAUUUCCUUUUCUUACUGCUUUCCUUGUCCUUGUGAACAGCAUCCUCCAUGUACAUAAAGGGCUGGUUAGCCAAUAUGUUUCUAUUCUAGAGAUGAAGGGUCUGAAGGACUACCUGCUCCAGUGCUGCACAAUGGUUCCUUUUUCCUUAACCCCUUCCUCCAUUUGGCUGUUGCAUCAUGAAUACCAUUUGCAAUAUUUUGUACUUUCGCUUGCUCAGAAAAUGGCGGAUGCUUGUCCAGAUUACAACCAGCAUGCUUCACUCCAUCACUCUGUUGCCAUGACAUUGUUAAGUCGCUUGUUGCCAGGCAGUGAGCACCUGGCUCAUGAGCUACUCAGAGCCCUUGCUUUUAAUCCACAACUGAUUCCUGAAGGCAAAGUGGGAGGACCAGAAGCUGCUGACUUCUCAGACCUUCUGCGCUUGAAUUCAAAAGCAAAGCCAUCACCGCUAAGCUUAACAGCCCCCAUUUCUCCACUCCCUAGUUAUGGUGCUUUACUGGAAGAAGCUUACCGACAACUUCCACUGAUACAGUCUUGUUUUCUCUUUCAUUUUACCUACUUGAAGCCAGCUCUUAUUCAUUCUAGAGAUGUUUAUCAAGGUCGAACUCAUCGUGUCCAAUCCAUGCUGCUUCCUGAGGUCAGAGGGCCUAUUUUGCCUUCUGACUGGCUAUUCCUUCCUCUUAUCGGUCUCUAUAACAAAGCAACUGGGGCAGAAACACAGUGGGCCACAGAAAGCCGUCUUCCUCUGGACCUUGUGAAUAUUAUGACUCGGAAUCUACAGUGGAUCCUCCUAUUGGAGACUUGGAGGGCCAAAGUCCUUCAGGGUAUCCCAAUUGCAGCCAAACUUGCAAGGCUUAUGUGUGUCUUCCUCACGGGCAGUGACUUAUUUCUGGAAGGCCCUGUACAUUGCUAUACAGCAGCUCUGCUCUCACUUUACUGCCAGUCCAAAGUCUUUGAGUCCUUGAAUUUGGAUGUUCCUCUCCCUGGCUUAGCUUCUUUCCAUGACCUUUAUAUAAGCUUCCUAGAACAGUUUGAAAGUGUCUCUUUUGGAGAUCCUCUCUUUGGAGUCUUUGUGCUUCUUCCUCUGCAGAGGCAUUUCAGUGUUCAGCUAAAGAUGGCUGUCUUUGGAGAGCAUGUGAACACCUUAAGAGCUUUGGGAGUUCCACUCCAACAGUUUCCUUUGCCUCUUGAGCGAUAUCUUUCUCCUCCUGAAGACAAUCUCAACCUCUUAAGUCAGUACUUCCAUGCCCUGGUCACAGGAACCUUGCAGCAUCACUGGUGUCCUAUACUUUAUGUGGUUGCAGUGGCCCAUGUCAACACCUUCAUUUUCUCCCAGGAAAAUGUCCCACAGGAGAUUGAUGUUGCUCGAAGAAGCAUGUUACAGAGGACCUGGGCCUUAAGAAAUGAGGGACUGAAGAGACAUCUUCUCUAUUACAAGAGGGCAGAUAAAGAGAACCCAUUGGGGUUUGACCUUUACGAAGAGCUUCCUGCCAUUCGCCUGAACUACCUGCAAGCAAUAACUAAGAAAGAAUGCAGCGAGGGAACAUCAGUUUCAGACAGAUAAAGAAGACUCUGGCUGGCUAACUGAGGAAGUGAGCACCAGUGGACAGAGAUUUUGGAAAAGCUCAGUUGGAUUCAUGGUGCUCUUCCUGAGCACAACAGGAAAGCAUCUGCACUUACCCUCAGCCUGGCCCAGUUUUGAUAGAACAUUUGGACUGUUUCAUCUUUUCAGCUAGUUGAUGUUUUACUUUGGGGAGAAAUAAAAAUGAGAGUAAGAAAUGUACAUAUUGAAAUGAACAAUAAAUGAUCUUUGAUAAAA